AGCAGCUCUACCUCACACGCUCAGCUCUGCAUCACUGAUGGGGAUCUGCUGCGUCCCCCGGUCCGCCCGGCUGCUCCAUCACAACAACACUGGCGCUCCGACGUUACUCCAUCACUUUUUUCUCAUCUGGUUUCCCCUCUCCGCGUGUCCGAGGCCAGCCAGCUGAACUGAAUAUCUGAUAACAUAGAUGGAGUAUCGGGAUCUGCCAGGAUCGUUCCUGCUCUCCUAAAACUGGAAGCCCGCCGCGGUUCAUGGACGCGCUUCACACCGCAUCAUGAGAGGAGAGAAACUACCAACAAGGGAGGACCGGGCAUAGACGGCUGUGUCUAGAUGAAGUGGUUCAGUCAUGCAGUGCUCCUGGAAGUCAGUGAUUCUGCUGGCCCUGGCCUCCAUUGCCAUCCAGUACACAGCCAUCCGAACACUCACCUCCAAGCCGUUCCAGCUGUGUCCGCUGCCCAGCCCGCAGAACUGUGGUCUGGGGGCUCCGGAGACCGACCCCCCCUUUGAGCGGGGCGCUGCCGGCUGCGAUGACUACCCUUACUUUUCCAUCAACGCCACCCGUAAACUGCACAUAUUGGUCUUGGCCACCACACGUAGCGGCUCCUCCUUUGUGGGUCAGCUGCUGAAUCAACACCAGGAGAUAUUUUACCUAUUUGAGCCUCUUUAUCAUGUUUACGCCACGCUGGUGCCAAGGCAGUCGCACACGCGCAAUCCGGCAGACCGGCGCGUGACCUUAGGCGCCAGCCGAGACCUUCUACGCAGCCUCUACGGCUGUGAUCUUUAUUUCUUAGAGAAUUAUAUCAAACCAACACCCACGAACCACACCACAGACAAGCUGUUCCGCCGUGGUGCCAGUCGAGCGUUGUGCCAGCAACCUGUGUGUGACGCCUUCGCUCCUGGUGAUGCUAAUGUGGAGGAAGGAGACUGUGUGAAGAAAUGCACCACCCUAAACAUGACCCUAGCAACGGAGUCGUGCCACGAAAAGCGGCAUGUGGCGAUCAAAGUCGUUCGGGUUCCAGAGAUUGGAGAUCUGCGUGCUUUGGUUGAAGACCCACGGCUGAACAUUAAAGUAAUUCAACUUGUCAGAGAUCCUCGCGGGAUCCUGUCCUCGCGCAUCGAGACAUUCAGGGACCCGUAUCGUCUGUGGCGUAUUUGGAGGGCCACGGGGAGAAGGCCCUACAACUUAGACAUGAAUCAACUCACAGUUAUCUGUGAAGACUUUCUCAGCUCCGUUUCAACGGGUCUCAGCCAUCCCCACUGGCUGAAGGGGAAAUACAUGGUGGUUCGAUACGAGGAUUUGGCUCGAAAUCCACUUUUAAAGACACAGGAGAUCUAUGACUUUCUGGGGAUGCAUAUGGAUAAAAAUGUGAAACACUGGAUACGUACAAACACUCGAGGCAGCAAUGAGCCGUCUGCCAAACACAAGUUUGGAACCGUGAGGGACUCGGCAGCCAAUGCAGAGAGUUGGCGUUUGAAACUCUCCUUUGACAUUGUAGAAGCCACACAAACAGCUUGUCAAAAAGUACUCAGUCAGCUGGGAUACAAGACUGUAAGAUCAGUGGAGGAACUGAAAAACUUGUCCUUCUCACUGGUACAGGACAAAACCUUUGUACCUUUUUUGUAACAAGGAUAGUUGUCUAAUGACUAUUUUUGAUAUAUUUAUAAUUGCUGCCUUAUUGGGUCCUCAGUUUAUUUCAUUUCUGUGAGUGUUGUUUCUUUAUAUUUGCACUAAACUUUAAAGAAGUUGGAUGCAUCAAGGGAGCUAUGAAUGAGUUCCCUGUGAGUCAGAACAGCACAUUUUAAAGAUCAGUAAUCAAGUUAUCAAACAAGCUAGUUUACAAAUGUCACAUCUAUAUUUAUUUUUUCUCCAUGAAUAGAAUCAAUUCAAGGCACUGUCAUCAUCAAUCUCCUGUAUGCAAAUAUUGUUUCAGAAAAAAAGAAGAUAAUCGGGAGUCAGGAUUGGCUUUAUCGACUCCUUAAAGGAGAUUUCUUUUUUCUUUUUCUUUUUUUAAGACCUGUGAUGGCAAAUUCUAACUGUUCAAUCUCUAUUGUGCAAUAAAUAGUGAAUGUCGCAGUCAACCUUUACCACUAUGGCAUUUUAUCCUAGUGGGAAGAGGCGGAAUACUUCUGACAGAUGCCACGCUUGCACGGGAUAAUUGUAGACAAUUAAUAGGCUCUCAAGUGAAAGGGACAGAAUCCCACUGGAGGUCAUGAGUGUUUCAUCAGAGGAUUUACAACCAUCUGUGAUAGACAAACACUAAUGAGAUGCAAUGGUAAAAUCUCUAUUGCAGAAUGCAUCACUUUCAAGAUGAUUAUGGCAUUAAAAAAGAUGAAUGUAGAGGAUAAGUAGGGUCUUAUCCAAGUGGACACUGAAGCCCUGUAAUGAAGAGAAGAGCCAUUGUUUUAAAUUCUUUGGUUUAUCUUAAUUAUCAAGAUAAACCAAAGUAGUCAAUUAUUCAUAACAGUUUUUGUCCAUUUUUAGAAUUGAGUAUUCAGUUGAAAAAAAAUAAAGGGUUUGUUUGUUUUUAUGUCACCCAAUAAGCUACGACUCGAUAAAAAAUGGCAAACACAGCCGAGCAAAAAAGUUCUGUGUAUUUUCUCUCAACCAAAAAGCGUUGUUAUUUUGACAGUCGGCGCUAUAUCUAUGUUUAUCUCACGGAUAAAUGAUUCAUAACUGAAGCAGAUAGGUCUUUGCAAAACAGGUUGUGCAGCAAGUUUUCCUGGUUAUGUGUAAGGCUCACACUGAACACCGCAGCCCCGUUACUUUAUAUCUACAUUAGAUCGCAUACAAAGACUAUCAGACUAAUGGCCGUCUGUAAUCUGGGACAAAUCCUUUGAUCAUUUGUCCUGCUGCGUUAUCUUAGCCAAGCUACGUUAAGGGGUAGAAGCUGAAGGCUGAAAAACAGCGUGGAAAUUAAUAUGUCAGUAUUUGGACAUUUGAUAAAGCUGUGGUUAAAAUGUGACCACUUUUCAUCGAUUUCUGAAGUCUAAACAGCAUUCCGAGUCUCAAGCACAAAGUAAGAUGCAACUGGGAAAAUUAUUUUGUGUUAAAAUGAACCUUAUUAUAAACUAUUUCAUAGUGAUGGAGUACUUCAUUUCUUACUCAAAAAUAAGUAAGUAUUUUAUAACCCCCAGCUAGCACAAAUAGCUGUGUUUUGUUCCCACAGUUGGUUUGCAUUUUAAUGCAGUUUUAGUCAUUAAAGCAAGGACUAGUUUGGCAAACUGUUUCCCGAGCUAGUGAGCAAAGGCAGCGAUCAUUUUAUGCUGCAUGCUGCAAUUCUAAUGCUCCUGCUGUUGAUUUGGACGAUGGAAAACAGACGCUGAGUGGCACGUGAGCAGUAAUGCAAAUGCACUCGGAAAAUGCAAAGUAAACAUGCUUCCGAGCGAUAAUAGGAAAAGAAAAGCACUACAUGCAUUGUAUUCCAACCGUGUCACACGUACGCUGCACGUAAAAACAUAACAUGUUCUUGCAAAGUUUUGUUUUUUAUUUUGCGAAAAGAAAAAAAGAUUUUUAUU